AGGCGGAGGGGCGGAGCAGUUCGUGGAGGUUUAAACCUGUAGCCUCUCCCCUUCUCUUCACCAACAUUCACACUCACGGUGGCAUCGGACAAGAACUUCAGUCAUACAAGGAACUUUUAUGAGCUAAAAAAAAACCCUGGGCUGCCUGGUUCUGUUUUUCUUUUGCAAAUCUUCAGAGAGUAAAAACCCUUUUCUCUCUCCGAUUACUGCCACAAGCAAAAGCUGAGAGACAGACGUAUCCUUUCCAACGUGGGUCCCAGUGGACUUUGUGUUUAUCAGCUGUUUUUGCUGCAGCUGGAGCUGUUUCUACAAUACGGUGUGUCGUGGCUGGCUUUCUCUGAAUACAGCUGGAGAAUAAGAGCAUAUCUAACAAAAUGCCAAGGGACUGCCAGACAGGCAGGCAACAAACCAGCUGCCAAAUGAGUUUAUUGUCACCACCUCCUCAACCAGCAGGAGUAGCAUCCUCAUCGUUGCUGUUGUUCCCAAAACCAAACUGCCACCCCAACUUCUUCAAGAAGCACCCGCAAGAAAUCUGCCAGAUAAGCUGCAAAGAAAGCUCCCUAGCUGUCGUGGAGAAAAACGGGAGCGUUCUCAUUUUUGACAAAGAGGGCGAACACAGAAAACCCGAAUGCGUGAAUUCAGGAAAGGACACGAGGGUGCAUUCCUUGGACUGUGGAGCAGCUCAUAUGCUCAUUCUCUCCUCGGAUGGAAAACUUUCUGAGCACAGCAUUUCAGCCCCAGCUAAUAAGUCGGAGAUGAGACUGCUGAAAGAAUUAAGAGACAAAUACAUUGUCCAAAUCGCAUGUGGGGACCAUCAUUCCAUGGCACUGUCUAAAGGAGGUGAGCUUUUUACCUGGGGACAGAACUCACAUGGUCAGCUUGGAGUGGGGAACCAGACUGCCUUUACCGACAAACCACAACUGGUACGGGAGCUCAGAGGCAUCCCACUGGCUCAGAUUGCUGCAGGAGGAACUCACAGCCUUGCCCUGUCGCUCUCAGGAGCCGUUUACUCAUGGGGGAAGAAUGAUUUUGGACAGCUGGGACUUGGAGACACACAAAACAAAUAUUACCCUUCAUACAUUAGAGCCCUAGAACAUAAGAAGACUGUGUAUAUCUCGUGUGGUGGAGAGCACACUGCCGUUCUCUCACAGGAUGGGCUGGUGUGUACCUUUGGAGCUGGAGAUUAUGGGCAACUUGGUCACAACUCCACCCAGAAUGAACUGACACCUCGUAUUGUGGCUGAGCUAUUUGGAGCAAGGGUGUCUCAGAUAGCAUGCGGAAGAUGGCACACGCUCGUCUAUGUCCCCUCCUUGGGAAAAGUCUAUUCAUUUGGUUGUGGAGCAGAAGGGCAGCUGGGCAAUGGUGACACAUCUAAUCAGUUGAUACCACUGCCUGUCGAAUUACCUUCAGAGUGGGUGAAUGGUGGAAAACUCAACCAGGGAAACAGUACCUCCGAAAAGGUGAUUAAAAUUAUUGCAGGAGGAAACCAAAGCAUUGUGCUUUGCUUGAAGAAAAAGAAUCCAUAUGUUACUUUGAAUGGAAUUGCCAUAGCGGAAGACAAGGAAGUGGAUAAAUGGAUUUCUAAUUCGGAUCCUAAACAGUGGGAGAAUAUAAAGAAGACUAUUUGGCUGAUCUUUUCCUCUGAGGCGUGUGUCAAUGGAAGUUUCUUGGACAAAAGUAGAGACAAACAUUUCAGAACCUCCAAAGAAAUCUCAGGCGUAGAUAUGUCAGCAGUGCUUCUUUUUUAUGAGAAGAUGAACAAGAAACCAAAAGUCUACCAGGAGAUGAUCUCUGCAGUUAAGAAAUUGCUGUCAUCGCUGUCUUCCUCUCCCAGCUCACCUGAAGCUCUCAGGAUCUACCUGAUCAUUCCUGUCCUUUCACGGGGACAGGUUAACAUGUCUGAGUGUCUUCUUGAUCAGCUAGCAGAAGCCAUCCUGAGUCUCCAACAAAAAGACCUGAAAGUUCUUGAAUCCCUGUGGUCAAAUCUAGAAAUAUCCUUUUUCAAGGACCUAGUGAGCAUGUAUCAAAGCGUUUCCAGAAUCAAUCUAUCUCUUUUCAUCAUGCAAGUCAGAAACUCUGAAGAAGUCACCUGUGAACCACACUUGAAUAGGACUCUGAAAAUGCUGCAGAUUCUUUACCAGGUGAAUUCCAGUGCUGGUUUCAAAAUACAAGAAAACAACUUCUAUGUACCUGAAGUGAAAAUGAUUUGGGGAUGGAAUUUGCAUUUGAAUGAAGAAACAACUUUCGAGCAGUGGAACAAAAACCUGAUUUCAAAGUGUUUGGAAACAAGGGCUUUGUUGAAACUGACUGCAUACCCUUGCAUCUUUGACAUGCAAGAUAAGAUUGUGGUUUAUAACAUUGACCGCCAAAUUCUGUUCGGGAUAUAUAACACAAACUCUUUCCUGGCGCCACGAGGUCCGUGGCGUUUAGAGGUCAGAAGAGCACAUCUUGUGGAUGACGUGUGGCAGAAUUUAAGGAGCGCAGCACCUAAAACAUUUGAGAAAUUCUUGCAAGUGCAGUUCAUUGGAGAACAAGGUAUUGAUGACGGAGGGUUGUCCCAGGAGUUCUUCACUAUCAUUACAAGGGAACUGUGUUGUCCAGAAGCACAGAUAUUCAGACAUUUUGAGGACUCCAUGCUGAUUUGGUUCCCCUCCCAGGUACCAGGAAGCGAAGACACCUUUUCCCUGAUUGGCACUCUGUUUGGAAUGGCACUGUAUAACAUGAAGAUCGCUCCCUUUCAUUUCCCUCUAGCUCUGUACAAAAAGUUGCUGGAUAUUCCACCCACUCUAGAAGACUUAAAAGAGCUGUCUCCUACAGAAGGGAGCAGUCUUCAAGAAGUCCUGAAUGAAGACUGUGAUGACAUCCUUGAGGACAUGAUGAUAGAUUUCACAAUAAUGAAGGAACAAGGAGGAUCUAUAGUUUCCAUUGAACUUAAAGAAAAUGGUGCAGACAUUCCAAUCACAAAGCAUAACAGGAAAGAAUACGUCAAUGCAUACGUGAAUUAUGUGUUCAAUGAAUCGGUAAAGAAGCCAUUUGAGGAUUUCAGGAAUGGGUUUUUAAGAGGCUGUCCAGCUAAGAAGUGGAAGCUCUUCCUUCCUAUCGAGUUCCUGACUGUUUUCCGUGGACAUACAAAAUAUGACUGGAAGCUGCUGGAAGAGAAUACAAAGUACGAAGAUUAUGAAAAGUCUGAUCAAACCAUCAAGAAUUUUUGGGCUGUGUUUCAUGAACUCCCAGAAGAAAAGAAGAAGAAUUUUCUUGCUUUUCUGACAGGAACGGAUCGAAUCCCUGCCGAAGGGAUGAGACAUUUUCAAUUCACUAUUGCAGACUUUCAAAAAGAAAACCCAGACCUUUUCCAUCCUAUUGCCAAUACCUGCUAUCACAUCUUGAAGCUCCCAAGAUACAGCAAUGAAGAGAUCCUUCGGGAAAAGUUCCUGAAUGCCUUAGAGUUUUAUGAAAAAUUUAGCCUAUCAUAAAUUGUGGCCAAGAGCAAUUUAAAAAACAUUUUUCAUGUCUUACUUGCAAUAGUCUUCUAUUGUUAGCUCUUGUGGGAGGAGAAGCCACCAAAUCCUGUCUUUUAUUUGUACUUCACCUUAAAAACAUUCAGAUUCAUUCAUCCAUUGGGAUUGCACUUUAACAAAGGAGGUGAUUCUCAGGCCUGCAGUCAAAGUACCUAACAUUGUAGAACAGGUUUGUAAAAAGACACUGAACUAACUAACCAAAUGCAACAUUGACUAAACAAAAAUGUAUUAUUGUUAUUGGUUAAAUGACUUUUUCCCUGCAUAAUCUCUUACAAUGGAUAUAAACUCUGUGUGUGUGUGUGUGUGUGUG